AAAUUCAACGGUUUGGGGAGCUAUCCACUCGCGGUGGUGCUGAAACAAGGCUCUGAUCAAACAAGGAAGUGCAUGUGUAUCCCUGCUUUCACACCGUUUCUAUUUCUUUGCACGCUAACGCACAAUCAGGUCGAUGUUGAACAUAUUUACUGCACGUUCACUGCAUGUGUGGCUGUAAACAUGCAUGCAUUAGUGUGCAUUGGUGCUUAAUUAACGCACUGUAAGAGCAGCUUUUCUCUUUUUUUGAUACCGGAGUGGGAUGGCUGAGUCCAAUGUCCCUCCAAUGGAGGAUGGAAAGUUUUACCACAUGAUCCGGAAAAAUACACAGCACUGGUUUAGUCCGGCGUCCACAUGCAUGACAGCAGACUGUCCUGCCAAGCUGAGGACUUGCACCGUGCACUUUCUCAAAACUCGCUUGGCUGCUGGCAGAGCUCGACCACAUCGAGAUUAUUACUGACUGUCGUGACACGUACUCCUGUCCGUGCCCGGCACUAAACACUCAGCCGUGAUUCUUGAAAAAGAGCCACAUUUGCAAGGGAAUGACGAGCCAUAGCUGCUGAUUUGGUGUAAAGAUUUGAGAUCUGGCUACAAAGGACUUCUACUCUUCUGUCACCAUUGAAUGUAACAUUGCUCGGACAAGGAAGGCAGGGAAUUAAAAGCCAUCAUCAUGAAUUUCGUUAUGAAACAAGCGUUGGGAGGGGCCACCAAAGACAUGGGCAAGAUGCUUGGUGGGGAGGAGGAGAAGGAUCCCGAUGCUGCCAAAAAAGAGGAAGAAAGACAAGAGGCGCUGAGGCAACAGGAGGAGGAGAGGAAGGCCAAAUAUGCAAAAAUGGAGGCAGAGAGAGAAAACCUCCGACAGGGCAUCAGAGAUAAGUAUGGCAUCAAGAAGAAGGAGGAGAAGGAAGCCGAGGCAGCGGCUGCUAUGGAGCAGGCCUCCGAGGGCAGCCUCACCCGUCCCAAGAAGGCGGUCCCCACCGGCUGCGGCGACGAGGAGGAAGAGGAGAGCAUCGUGGAUACGGUCAUGAAAUUCAUCCCGACCCCGCUCAUGGAUAUGUUCAAUAAAAAGUAACAGUGUUUUGGGUGAAAUAUGAUUAACUUCUUACAAUGUUCACCAAGACUACUGCCGUACCACCCUGCCCCGCCCAAACCUGCAGUCACACUUUUUCUCCACCCUCCCACUCCUUCAUCCCAACUUCUAAGUGUCCUGGAAUUGAGCAGCGUGCCAUGAUUUGCCCUUGAUUUAAAAACAGCUGAUCUCUGAUGGUGACGCAUACUUUUUAAUCUCUCAUACAGAGCAUCUUUCUUGAUAAUACUAUUUUAAAAGUAUGUAACGCCUACACACAUCUAGUGUCUUUACUUCAAGGCAAAUCUUGUCAUGUUUUCAAAAUGUCCAGCACUUAGAAUAAGAUCAGAUAUCACCCAUCAUCCACCCUUUUUGUUUGUAAAUAGCCUCGAGUUAUGAAAAAAAGAGAAUUAUAUAUGAGUGAAAUAUGACGUAUAACAAGAUGACUAAGAGUAUAAGCCAUAUUUUUAACUUUUAAGAAAUUAUCCAAAUCAUAUCAAAAUUUGAUUGAAUUUUCCUGUUCUGUUCUUGCUAAUAUUUGAUACAUACAAUGUAUAUAAAUACUUGCAUUUUUAUCAGUUCUCCGUUGUGAGGAUUCAAUCCAUAAACUGUCCCUCAUUGGUUUAUUGUGAAUGUGUAAUGUGAGCACUGGUACAGUCAAAAUGUCACCUGUAAAACCAGAAAGUGAAGGAAUUCAUUUUGAAAUGAGACUUUAUUUUUGUUUCCUUUUUUUAAAGCAUGCAGUAAACUUUUGUGAAGUGAAGUACACAUUUGGAUACCAUUUCAUUUGUUAUGAUGAAGCGGAAAUACAUUGAUAAUUGAGGCAAUAACUGGUUUUCCAUAUUGAUUUAAUUGACAUCUCGUCCACCAUGUACAGUAGGUGAUAACUGACUUUGUGUCUGAAUUGUUUGUUCCAUGGGGGAAACUAUAAAUGUUCUCCAUACAUAAAGUUUGUCUCAAAGCAGUUAGAUGAAAUUCUUACUAUAAACUCACUUGCUAUACAUGUUUGUGGUUUGAACACUGUUGCUCACGCUGCUUCUGCAGAAGGAUCUAAAUCUUAGAUCAGUUUGGUUUAUUUCAUUUCAUUUCCAUAUUUUUUGUAAAAAACAAAAAAAAGGAACUUUACAAACACAACUAUGUUGUGAACACACUAUAUGUGAACAGACAGUGACAAUAGUGCAAUAUAUUGUUGGAAAUGAAGUUGUCCUGUGUCCGUUGGUUAAACUGAAAUCAGCAAUAACAGACAAUCUUCAUUGUUGUGUGUUUAAAUUUACUCCUUAAUGUGUUAGUUGGCAUUAAAGGCACAGGUGUGUCUGCAUAGUGACAGUGAAGCCUUCGUAGGUCAGACAUGUUUGAUUGGAGUAGAGAAAAAGGGGGAAGGUGGGACAAGUUGUUUCAUGUUGUAAAAAAAAAGUUCAGUUACGUGUUACAGAAUGAUGAGCACAAACAGGAGUUGGGUUCCAAAUCACAAACCAAAAGGCAAAUCAUACUGCAGGUUUUCAAAGGCAGACAUUAACAUUCCCAAUAUUAAAAAAUUAAUAACGACGCUUCAUGACUGUACAAGAGAUAAUGUUUACCUGCUCUUUCGAGUCCAGUCUGCCCUGCUGGCACAAAUUUUUAAAGGGGGUCAUAUGAGGAUGACGAAAUCAAACUUUUUUCUCCAUAUGCCUUGUUUUUUUAUUUCUCCUUCAUUCCACAGUGUCUUGUUAAAACAUUCCAGAUAUUUCAGACAUUCCACCAGACUCGUGCUGGUAAAACACACAAACUUAUACUUACUGUAGUCCUCAGUCGAUGCCUUCGUUAGCCUACGUCAUGAUGAAACUUCAAUUUGAUGUUGUUAUAACCUGAAAAUAGACAUUAGAAUGAAUCGAAUAUACAUAUAUGUGAAGAUUCAUGACUUGACCAAGUAGACCAAGAGUUAUUUUAGCAACCAUGUAAAGAAAAAAAAUCCCAUAUGAAGUUUAAGGGAAAGCAUAAAUGUGCAAUUAGCAGAGAUCAAUCUUGUGAUGCAAUUUUGUUAGAAAAAGUUUUUGUGAUUCACAUGAGCACAGUAGCUUUAGGCGUAAUGAACGUUUUUCUGAACCAGCUUUUUUGCCACUACUGUUUUUACCUGCUAGCUAAACAUGAAAUAACACUAAUUUUGAACUUGUGCAUUCCUGUGGCAUAGACAAGGAAAAUUUAGCUCUUAACAGCGCUUUGUGAGCUCUGUAAUCAUGUUGAAUAUAUAUUUAGAAAAAACAAACAUCCAAGGGCACAGUAUGGUCAUUUGUAGAGCACAUUUAUUGAACUUCCUGUGAUUUUAUUGUACUUGUAAACUGCCUUUGCCAGUUAAAUGUGUUAGCAGAUAGUUUGCAGCUGAUACAUGUUUGCGGUUAUGAAACCAAGCAUCAACAACACUCCAAUCCAUUAUCAGAUCCAAUCAAACCAAAGAAUAGUGCUGGUAGUUGUAGUAUUAGUAGUAGUAGUUGUAGGCUAAGUCAACAGGUUUCAUUCUUUUUGUUUACUGCAUCUUUUUUAUUUUGAAAUUCUCAGGUAUUUUAGCUUUCAAGAUCUUAUAGAAAACCAUAACUAGCCUUCUCUUAGCAUAAUUAGCCUUCUCUGCUAAAAAAUUAACAAUUUAAUUGCCAGGGGCCUAGCAAGCCUACACACCAACUUUUAUUUAUGAAUGACAUAUCUCUCGUUUGGCCCAAGAAUAUUCCAGAAAGCUACGAUUACUGCCCAGUCAACCCAAGUAGAGGACUUUCCCAGUGACCAAACCUUAGUAAACAUCGUCAGUGUGUGCAGUUCUUCAGGCCACCAAUGAGUCUUUUCCACACUGGUGUGCUCGGAGAUCAGAUCACUCUUUGCAUCUCAUCCAUCAUAAAUCCAUUCAUCAUCAUCAUCAUCUUGUAAAUGCCAAUUGAUUGCGCUCUAAAUGGCUUAUAGACCACUGCCCAAACCAACUGCCCAAGUCAUGCGUAAUCAAUAUGUAGUCGUCCAGUGGACUCCGUGUCACAAGUCGACUUCAGUGUUCAGUUGGAAGUCAUUCAUCUGUGCCGCUCAUACAGACAUUAAUAUGAUUAAAAAACUGCCUGAAAAAUAUGACACUUAAAAAAAAAACUACUCCUUUGAUGUGACUUGAAUGUAACUGUCUGAUGUUUCUCUCUUCUUGCAUCUGUCUUUCUCUGUUCUAUACGUGUUGAGAAGAUGCUUACUCUCGUGCAGUAUUUUUUUAAUUUGUCGUCUGUAGCCGGUCCUGUUCCUGUCCUCUGGUGGUUGGUAUUUUUGAGAAUAAAAUUUUAUAAUUUAGUGCAUUCUUUUUGUACUGCGAAAUCUUCUCACCCUUCUCCCUCUCCCUCUCUCUCUCUCUCUCUCUCUCUCUCUCUCUCUCUCUCUCUCUCUCUCUCUCUCUCUCUCUCCCUAUUUGUUGACAAAAUGUAUGCAUGCUUAUGGUGUGCGAUGUAGGCAAGGUUGUUGAUAAUCGUUUUGUGUCUUCUCUGUGUUUCAAAGCUCCACCUGUUAGCCUCACUGCAUGCCAUUUUAGACAGAUAUUUCAGUCUGUAACUUUCCUGCAAAAAUGGAAUCACCGCACACUCUGAGAAUAAAGUGAUUUCAUAUAA